GCUUAUUGUCCCGCCUUAUCUUAUCGUCAUUGUGUGACAGCAUUCAGUCAUCUUCGGCAGACAGGCAACGAGCACCGAAGCACUCCCCGCGGAUAAGGCUUCUUUUUUUCCGUCUACAAAACGUCACCUGUGCAACAGCUGAAAGCUCUCUGGCCCCUCCGAUUCGGCGGUCCAGGCCUCUCUUCCCACCCCUUACAAAGUUUCUUUCAACCCUCUCCCUUUGAUCAGGCAUUUCAGGAUACCGCUUCUCGUCCCCACCGGCGACCUCCGACGAACCAAGAUGUUGAACAUAUGGUCUAUGAAAAAAAAGCAAAAGGAGGCUGAGAAUGCUGAGGGUCAGGCUGCCGGAGGGAAGAGGAAGAAGGUGACGGCGGCACAGCUACGAGUACAAAAAGGUGCCUCUCUCCAACGUCUUGGGGUCUACUGUUAACCAGGGGGGCGGGACAGCUAACGGUCAGCAGACUUGUCAGAACUAUCUCUCGGCGCAACGAUGAAGACGGACUUUCCUGACCCCGACAAUAUCCUCAACUUUAUC